UGUUCGGGGUAAACAGCUGUCAAUCGCUGAACGUGCAAAGUUUGAAAUAAUUUAAAUUUUUAACAUCUUAUUUGCAAUGUCUGACGCCCGCAGGCGCUACCGGAAUAAGAAGCGGGAUGAUAUGCGUCCCAUGCAGGGAGGAGGACAGGCAGCGCCGGUCACCAUUGCUCGUCGUGAGGAUCCACGCCCCGUCCAGCCGAAAAUACUGCUCAAGAAGGACAUUGGGUCGGAUCCUUGCAGGAAUAGCAGUAACCAAGACCUGCCAUGCUUCCCCAAGACGGUCAUCAUCAAUCGCUGCAGCGAUGGGCGCUCCGAUAAGUGCAAGCCCUCAGCCGGCCCAGCCGGAUGCAUGCCGCCGUCAGCCGUCCCCGUACCCAGCACAUCAGUUUGCGCCGCCCUGGCCAGUGCCCCGUCCAGCGAUCGGGAGAAGAGCAGCUCGGGCUCCGGAUCUGGAGCCGCCCUCCUGCCAGGCCAAGAGCUUCAGCCACCACGGAUGACGCGAACCACCCCUCUGAUAGUGUCAAACGGAGUGUUCAAUGCCAAUGCCCGCAAGCUCUUCCACAAGACAAACACAGACUUCACUGUGGUUGGUGUGCUGGGUGGUCAGGGUGUGGGAAAGUCCACGCUGCUCAAUCUGCUGGCCUGCGAGCGGCCCCUGGACUACGACUACUAUCAGCACCUGUUCGGCCCAGAGGCGGACGAGUGCACAUUCCACACAAGGCAGAAGACGAAGCCCUCCUCCGCCCACAGCCAGAAGAGCAUCAUGCGACCGCGCACCGAGGCGCUGCAGUUCUUCAUCACCCGGGAGCGCUUCAUUCUGUUGGACACGCCGCCGCUGCUGGUGGCCAACGGUAAGGACGCCGAUUACCUGGAGCUGCACUCCCUGGCCCCCAUGUCGCAAAUGCUCAGCAUCUGCCACAUCCUGCUGCUGGCCAUCGACGAAGUGAGUCUCGAGCAGCUGCAUUUGCUGCACACCGCCCUGCGGCUGCGACCGCGCUUCCCCUGCAAGGGCUACGUUCGCGACUACCUGCCCCAUGUGAUGUUUGUGCGCACACGCGCCCAUCGCCAGGACUUUGAGCCACGUCAGCGCGAGCGACUCGACAAGCAGCUGGUCCAUCUGUUUGGCCACACCGGAUUGCACAUCUAUCGGGGCCGCGGCGAUGCCCGCUGCCUGAACAGCUUCCUGCUGCCGGAGGUGUCUGGCAACGGGGCGACGGCCCACCAUGCCUGCCUGGGCGAGCUGGUGCGCCAGUUUCGCGAGCGUGUAUUCAGCACAACGCGCGUCUCCAUGUGCCAGAGCAACGAUCUGAGCGAGGCCAUUUGGUUUGAGCUGCUGGCGGAGUGUGUACGCCGGGCGACGCCGCACUUUGAGAAGAUCUAUGCGGAGAUCAAGCAUCGCCAUCUGGAUCCACGCUGCCAGUGGCGGGCCGAGAGUUGGCGUAACUUUGGCAAUGAUAUCAAUUAGACAGAUGGCCAGAUAGAUAUACAUAAAUAUAUACGGAAAUACAUUAUUAAACCUUUA